AUGCAGUCUUAUUCGCAUCUCUACGAGCCCAUGAGCCACCCCUCGGGAUCUAGCUCACCGCAUCCUACCUCUCCUGGUGCCAUCAACAUUCCAUACACUCGCUCGCCCUCUGCAAGUCACCUCGGCGCACCUACACCAGGCUCGAGCAAUAUGGCACACAACCCCUUGUCAUCCUUUGGCGCAUUCUAUAUCCAACAUCCCACCUCCUCCCAUCCCAACCACGCACCAUCUGCUAGCCAUCAUCAUCAUAACCACCACCACCACCACCAUCUCGACUCUUAUGCAAGCUCGGCAAACACACCUCAUCAGCACCUCUCCCCUGCUGGAGACCAUCGUUCCUCGUCGAGUGCUUCUGUCGCUGCUUUCUCCAAUAGUGGUCGUCUUAGUUGGGCCAACUCGCCUGCUGAUUCCUACCACGGCCUUCCCUCCAACGCCACCACCCACAGCAGUGGUACCGAUAGUCACUCGAGCUUUGCCAACCAAAAGUAUCCUUGGGACAUUAACCCGGCUUCAAUGCCAACCGAAGGUGGUCAUACUGGUUCGCCCUACUCUGCUUCCGAUCUUCUCCAUCCCGCAACAGCCAGCGCCUUGGGUCUUGACGAUGAUUCCGGGUCCGGAGGCAAUGUCCGUCCUCGCGCUCGCAAACGUACGAGAGCAGAGGAUGAGCCGAGAUCAAGACUCUCGUCAUCCAGUCGUAGUCGAACACGUCCACGCAUACCCAGUGCUCUCUCCAACGCAAAUAGCCCUGCUAGCGAUUUCCACCAUAGCAUCUCAUCCUAUCAUGCAGAACCAGAAGAUACCGAUAUAACAGCUUGGAUCAACGCUGGAGAUGCACAAGAUUUCGCUACUUCCCAUGUUGGUCUUGGAACCGCAGAUCACUCCCGACUUUGGUCUUCAUUCGCACCUGCUAUUUCUACCGAUGCGACGCAUACAAGCCCUCAUCACGGUUCAGCUACUGCACCCGCCCUCCCUACCUCUCGCGCGCAGUCUGUUGUGGGUUCAGAAGACUUUACCUACCACGCAUCUCCAGCCAUGCACGCUGGUCCUUCCAAUCCGGGCCUCUCGAUUUCCAUCCAUCAGGACGAUCCAAUCCAUUCAAAGCCAGAACCACUCGCCGCUCUGGAAGAGCAAGUCGCAGCAACAGAAGAUGAACCUCUCUAUGUCAACGCCAAGCAAUACCAGCGUAUCUUGAAGAGGCGCGCUGCAAGAGCACGCAUAGAGGAACAGAGGAAGAAAGAGUUUCUUGCGUACAUGCAGACGCGUGAAAAAGCUGGCAAAGAUGGUGAAAUGGAUGAGGAGGGCAAGAAACCUUAUCUUCAUGAAAGUAGACAUAGACAUGCGGUAAGGAGACCAAGAGGUCCAGGUGGAAGGUUUUUGACCAAGGCCGAGAUGUCGGCGGCGGCGGCGGCGACGGCAGCGGCGACGGCAGCGGCUGCUACCGCCUCGUAG